AUGUCUUUGUCAGAUAGGUUUUUCAACUCCAAAGAUGGUAGGUAUCUGAAGAUAAUUACCAGCCGUCGGGGUGAUCAAUCGGUGAUUCUCAUUAAUAGAGUUUGUCACUACUCCGUUGAGGUUUUUCUGUCAAAUGCACAAAUAAUAUCUUGGACAAAUUCAAAUGGAGAGGAGUUGCUUUUUGUGAGUCAAGAGUCCACUUUCAAAUACAAGGAUCCAAUCCGUGGAGGAAUGUCUAUUUGCUUUCCCACGUUUCUUAACAAUGGACGUAUCGAAAGCCCGAUCACGGGGGAUUGGAAUAUUGAUAAUUCCCUCUCCGAACCCAUGGAGAAGGCAAGUGUAGAUUUGAUUUUGAAGUUAGGUGUUCGAGACCGGACAAAAUGGCCUAGAUUUGAGUUCCGUGUGACGUUUGAGUUGGGAGACCCCGGAGAUCUAUCGGUUACGUCUCGUAUAAAAAAUGUUGACAAGAACAUGCCGUUUACGUUCAAAUUCGCCUAUCAAACGUAUUUGGCAGUGUCAAAUAUUCGCGACAUCUCGAUCAAAGGAUUGAACAACGUUGAGUAUAUCAACUAUCAAGACAACAACCGAUUUACCGAAAGGGCUGGCGAAGAUCCAAUCUACAUUGAAUCUGAAGUGGACAGGGCAUAUGUCAAAAUACCCCCGUUGAAGAGUAUCGCUGUUAGAGACCAUGUUAGAAAUCGAACUUUUAUAAUCGCGAAAAAUGAACUUCCCGACUUCGUUUUGUGGAAUCCAUGGGAAAAUACGGGAGAUGCAAUGGCUGAUAUGAGACGUGGCGAUUAUAGAAGGAUGUUGUGUGUCGGGGGAGGGGCAGUUGAGAGUGAGAUAACGUUGAAUCCCAAUGAAGAGUGGAAGCGCAACUAA